AUGGGGCUCUUCCAGCGAGGCUGCAGAAGCGCCACGGAGGCAGGGGACGAGGGCGGGGCGGAGCUUGCCUGGCGGGCUCGCGUCCCUCGUCGCGAGGACGGUGGCGUCGGCGGUCUCGGCGGCCGUAACGGCAGCGGUGGUUCCGCCCAUGCCGCGCCCGCAGCAGCUGCCGAGGCUCCGCAGGUGGGCCAGGAGCUCGGCAGGGAGGGCUGCCCCGCCAAGUCCGCCGCCUGGCGACCUGUGGCGCAGGAGGCGCAGGGAGUGCUCGGAGCCCCGGGAGGUCAACUGAGCGCGGGCACCUACCAGGAGAAGGACAGCAUGGACAAGGACCUCACCGUGAACUGCAGCCAGUUCGAGGAUGAGGACAAGGAGAAGAAUUACGAGGGACAGGAUAAGGCGCUCGAGAGCGGCUUCAACACGCAGGUGUUGAGCAUGGCAGACGACAACAACAACGAGUUCGUGGACGGCUGGGCGCUCUGGCACAUGGGAGAGCAGGAGCUAAUGGAGGAGUCGUCAAAGCCAGGUGCGCUAGGUGUGAAGGCCCAUCGCGACCUGUUCCACAAGCAGCAUAAGGUGAAGAAGGACAGGAUCUCGGAGUGGAGGCUGGCCAACGACGUCGUGGUCGGCGUGAUUAAGGCUUUCAAGGGGAUUCCGCCGUUCCCGAAGCUGUUCGAGGACGGCGAUGAGGAGCAGGAGGACUUCGAGCCAGACGCCGAGGACCAAGGUGUGCGUUGUAUGGCGGCGGAGGCGCUUGGGCAGCUCGGCGCCGCGGAGGCCGUGCCCGCGUUCCUGACGGACUUCGGUGACAGCUCCGCGAAGAGCAGCGAGAGCGUCGUCGAGAGGAACGUGCUUGAGAUCGGGGGCCUGGUGCACCAAAUCGAGAGCCUCUCGGAGCAGGAACUGGAGGACCUCGUGGCGGGGUCCCGCAUCGCGCCGCAGGUCUUCCGCGACUGGGUCGAGGGCCGCUCCCAGGCGGGCAUCGCCGAGCAAGGCCUGCUGGGGAGUGUAAGUCGGCGCUUGAGGGCCAGCUCGAGGAAUACGUUCGGGUGUGGCGAGUCCUGA